AAAGAUGUCAUUGACUCCAAGCGUGAAAGCCUUGCUGCUUUCUUACGCAAACACCCAUGGGUCGAUGUUGAUCUCCAAACUCCUUACCAAGGACUCGUUGAAACCUUCACGACCUACAGACAGCUCCUUGACAGACCUGAGCAGAACCUUCUGGUCGAACGUGAUGGCACAUUAAGCCCUACAGACGAGUCAAUCCAGAGAGAAGAAGCUCAAGAGUAA